ACUCUUAUCUAGAGCAGGGAAGGAUAUUGUAAUUAAAGUGGUGGUGCAGUCCAUUCCUACAUAUGCCAUGGGGUGUUUUAAACUCCCGGAUAAUUUUUGUGAAGAACUCAAGAGACUUGCGACCAGAUUCUAGUGGGGUCAAAGACAAAGGGAGAGGAAAAUACAUUGGGUCAGUUGGUCAAGGAUGUGUACAAGGAAAGAGAGGGGCGGUAUGGGCUUCAGAGAUCUAAGGGCCUUCAAUUUGGCAAUGCUUGCGAAACAGGCAUAGAGAUUAAAUACAGAAGUUAAUUCUCUUUUCCAUCAAGUGCUUAAGGCUAGGUAUUUCCCCUCGACUUUUUUCAUGGAGGCUGAGAUUGGGCAUAGACCAUCAUACACUUGGAGAAGCAUUUUGGGUGCAAGGAAAGUUGUGGAAGCAGGUUCAAGAUGGCGAAUAGGUGACGGGUCCAGAGUUAAAAUUUGGACGGAUAGGUUGAUUCCUACCCCUGUAAGCUUCAAGACUGUUUCUCCUAGAAGGAGUUUACCUACUUCGGUUGGGGACCUUAUUAAUGAACAAUCAUGGAGUUGGAAUGAGCAGUUGGUGGAUGAUGUUUUUCUGCCUCUUGAGGUGUUGGUGAUUAAAAGCAUUCCACUAAGCAGGAAUUCAUUGGAGGAUAGAUUGAUUUGGCAUUAUAAUCAAAUGGUAGAUUCUCGGUUCGAAGCACAUACCAUAUUAUUAUUGAUCAAAAGCUAUUGCAAGAUGGGUCAAGCAACUCAUCUCCUUCUUCAAGUGCUGGACAACUAAAUUGGAA